CUUCCUCCGACUGCAAACACGCGCAGCCCUUUCCCCCCACCGAACAACGACGCCGCCGACAUGCCGCAGAACGAUUAUAUCGACUUACACCGCAAGAGGUAUGGUUAUCGCUUGGAUUACCACGAGAGAAAGAGAAAGAAGGAAAGCCGGGAGGCUCACGAACGCUCAAAGAAGGCAAAGAAAAUGAUCGGUCUGAAGGCCAAACUCUACCACAAACAACGGCAUGCUGAGAAGAUACAGAUGAAAAAGACAAUCAAGAUGCAUGAGAAGAGAAACACCAAACGAAAGAACGAUGAGAAAACGCCACAAGGAGCAGUACCUGCGUAUCUGCUGGACAGAGAGGGCCAGUCCCGAGCUAAAGUCCUCUCCAACAUGAUUAAACAGAAACGGAAAGAAAAAGCUGGUAAAUGGGAAGUCCCGUUACCAAAAGUCCGGGCACAGGGAGAAACAGAAGUCUUAAAGGUUAUUCGUACAGGAAAGAGAAAGAAGAAGGCUUGGAAGAGAAUGGUCACAAAAGUCUGUUUUGUUGGGGAUGGCUUUACUCGAAAACCACCUAAAUAUGAACGAUUCAUCAGACCAAUGGGUUUACGCUUCAAAAAGGCUCAUGUGACACAUCCUGAGCUUAAAGCCACUUUCUGCCUACCUAUACUUGGUGUAAAGAAGAAUCCCUCUUCCCCUCUCUACACAACUUUGGGUGUAAUCACCAAAGGUACCGUCAUUGAGGUCAACGUGAGUGAACUGGGUCUUGUGACGCAAGGAGGCAAAGUCAUCUGGGGGAAAUAUGCUCAGGUUACCAACAAUCCAGAAAAUGAUGGCUGCAUCAAUGCUGUGUUACUUGUUUAAUAUAACUUCAGCGAAGUAUUGUUUUCAGAGAAUCUACAACACGCCAAGAAAGUCCCCUGAAAAACUGUACUAUUCCAUCGGAGGAACAAAUUAAAAAGGGACCUGCAUUUACAA